AUUCUUGGUGAUAGAUUCGAAGCACUUACACUGAACAUCGCCACCGUCCAAAGCAAAAAAUCAGCAAUCAAUUUAAGUACCUAAAUACGUAAGACUUUCAUUACCAUUAUGAAGUUGUAUUUAAAAGUGUUGCUUGGAUUAGCUAUAGUAAUUGCGGCAGUUUUCACACAAAAUAACAACUGCACCCUGACAGGGAAUUCAUUGGACAAUCUUAUCGCUAUUCAGCAACAAUGCACUGAGAUUGUAAUAGAAAAUUUCACAGUGCCUGCAAAUCGAACUUUAUUAUUAAGAAGACUUCAGAAUGGUACUAGAAUAAUAUUCAGAGGAACCAUAAGAUUCGAAUACGAAGAAUGGGAUGGAGAUCUCAUUGUGGUCUCAGGCUCAAACAUUACUGUUAUUGGAGAUCCUGGACACCUAUUCGUUUGCCAUGGUGAAAGGUGGUGGGAUGGAUUUGGUGGAAAUGGUGGCAAAUUAAAGCCGAAAUUUUUCCGCACGACCAACUUAAACUAUUCCUCUGUCACAGGGUUGAGAGUAAAAAAUACCCCGAAACAAGUUUUUUCCGUUAACCGCUGCAAUCAUGUCGUGUUUUCGAACAUCAUAAUAGAUAAUGUGGACGGGGAUUCAAGGGGUGGGCAUAAUACUGAUGGAUUUGAUUUGAACGAAAAUGAUGAUAUAACGAUUCAAAACAGUCAAAUUGUCAAUCAAGACGAUUGUUUCGCGAUUGGUUCGGGAACAAAUUGUAAUUUUUUUGACAACCACUGUUCCGGUGGUCAUGGAAUAUCUAUCGGUUCAGUUGGUGGCCGCAGAAACAACGUGGUCCGAAAUGUUCACGUUAAAAAUUGCAGUGUGGUAGAUUCGGAAAACGGAAUUCGGAUUAAAACUAUUGUUAACGCAACAGGCCAAGUACGUGACAUCAAGUACGAAGGUAUAACUAUGAGAAAUAUUACCAAUUUUGGUAUAUUGGUACGAGGCGACUAUUUGAAUGGCGGACCCACUGGACAUCCUACAGCGGGAGUCCCUAUUACAAACUUAACUCUUGACAAUGUUCGCGGUUGGGUACGACAAUAUGCAGUCAACGUCUACGUGCUUCUUGCAGACGGUGUAGCCUCAGGCUGGAAAUGGACCAACGUUAGUAUUACAGGCAGCACAUUAAACAANUUAGCUGAGCGGGGCUACACCAAUGACAUUUGCUAA